GUUCCGCUGCAUCAGAUCACGUGAACCUAGGCUUGCACAAGGGCGCUUACCCUGUGCGUAGCAAACUUAUUCUACGGAGUAUAUAGCACUGGGUCUGCGGGUGGCGUGCUGAAGAGUGACUCCAUCCUCUGCUGCGGGAGUCGCCAACGUGCGGCUUGUGAGUAAGACGAGGGCGGCCCCGCUCCUCCAAGGCCGCCCUUCUCUCCAACCGUGCGGGCUCCCUCGGCCCUCCCUGCCUUCCGUUCCCGGGCCUUGCUGCUGCUCGCUGAGGUCUGGCCGGCGUGGCCCACACAGCGCCCGGUGGAGGCAGAGCGGGAGCACAGAGACGCGACCCGCCGGGCUUUGAGACCCGGAGGAGGAGGCGGCCCCUGUGGCCUGCCCUGGUGAGGCUGCUCGACUGUUGACAGCGGGCAAAGCUGGAGGCAGCCGCCGGGUGAGGCACUGCGAGAGGCGCUGGGGCUGUCGCCGCCGCCGCUCCCGCCCCAGCUCGGCAUGGCCUUCAUGGAGAAGCCGCCGGCGGGGAAAGUGCUGCUCGACGACACCGUGCCGCUGACAGCCGUGAUCGAAGCCAGCCAGAGCUUGCAUUCGCACACGGAGUACAUAAUUCGUGUACAAAGAGGGAUUUCUAUGGAAAAUAACUGGCAGAUUGUGAGAAGAUAUAGCGACUUUGACUUGCUGAAUAAUAGUUUGCAGAUUUCUGCCCUUAGUCUACCUCUUCCACCCAAAAAGUUGAUUGGAAAUAUGGAUCGUGAAUUCAUAGCUGAAAGGCAGAAAGGACUCCAGAAUUAUCUCAAUGUGAUUACUUCCAACCAUAUACUGUCCAACUGUGAACUGGUGAAGAAAUUUUUGGAUCCAAACAACUACUCUGUAAACUACGUUGAAAUUGCCUUACAGCAUGUUUCAAUGUUCUUUCGGUCGGAGCCAAAGUGGGAAGUAGUAGAGCCAUUAAAGGAUAUAGGUUGGAGAAUACGUAAGAAAUAUUUCUUAAUGAAGAUUAAGAAUCAACCAAAGGAGCGGCUAGCAUUGAGCUGGACUGAUCUUGGCCCUGACAAAUAUCUUUCAGACAAAGAUCUUCAGUGUGCUGUGAAAUUUCUUUCUUCAUGUUCUCAUCCUUAUAUUUACAAAGUCACUUUUGCAACAGCUAGUGAAUCUUCUGCACUGGUAAUUAGACCGUUCAAUGAAAAAGGAACAUUAAAGGACCUGAUAUAUAAGGCAAAACCAAAAGAUCCAUUUUUGAAGAAAUACUGCAACCCGAAGAAAAUUCAAGGUCUUGAACUGCAGCAAAUUAAAACAUUUGGCAGGCAAAUACUAGAGGUCUUAAAGUUCUUGCACGAGAAAGGAUUUCCAUAUGGUCAUUUACAUGCUUCCAAUGUAAUCUUGGAGGGGGAUACGUGCAGGUUGCUGGACUUGGAGAAUUCAUUGCUGGGGCUCCCAUCCUUCUAUCGGUCAUAUUUUACACAGUUCCGUAAGAUUAAUAAUUUAGAAGCUGUUGACGUGCACUGCUUUGGUCACUUACUUUAUGAAAUGACAUAUGGGAGACCUCCAGACUCUGUUCCAGUGGACAGCUUUCCUCCUGCACCAUCCGCGUCUGUAGUGACUGUGCUGGAAUCCAUUCUUUCUCCUGAAGCCAUGAAGAAUGGCAUGCCAACUGUCUCUCGGCUCUUACAAAUGCCGUUAUUCAGUGAUGUUCUCCUAACAAAUUCAGAAAAAACACAGUUUAAGAUUCCCUCCAAAUUAAAAGAGGCAUUGAAGACUGCCAAAGAAUGCAUAGAGAAGAGGCUAGCAGAAGAACAGAAAUUGAUUCACCAGCACAGAAGACUGACAAGAGCUCAGUCUCAUCAUGGUUCAGAGGAAGAGAAAAAGAAGAGAAAGAUCUUGGCACGAAAGAAGUCCAAACGCUCUGCCUUCGAGAGUGGGGAAGAACAAACCAUGAAAUACAGCAACUCAAACAAUUCAGCAGGCUCUGGGGCCAGUUCACCUAUGACUUCGCCUUCCUCUCCUGUUCCACCCUCCAUGACAGCAGGGGCCUCAACAAUUCCAUCACCGCCGCCGCCACCAGCAGCUCCUCCCCCUCCUCCUAAUUUGGAUGUGCCAAUGCAGUCUGACUCACAACCUGUUAAUGGCACAAGCCGGGGCGCCUUACUCAGUUCCAUCCAGAAUUUUCAGAAAGGAACCUUGAAGAAAACAGAAACAUGUGACUACAGUGCUCCUAAAAUCAGCUGAAACUGUUUACAUCAACCCAGCUUUGGAUAUACUUUGUGUAUUCUAGGAACAAUGAUUUCUCUGAAAAUUUUAUUUAACCACAGCCUUGUGGUUUCUUUUUACAGCUGCUUAUUUAGAGACAUUUCAAGCUUUUUCUAGACAAAUCUUUUCAGUGAAUAGUAACACUAUUGCAGAUUGCAUUGGAAUGGGGGAGAGAUGUGAAAAGUGUCAAUUCCAGUUUAAAGGAACUCUUUUUUUAAGGGAAUACUGUUUUGUGGUAGACAGUAAAUUUCCUUCUAAAUGAAUUAAAAUAAGUUGGUCAUCAAUGACACUUUCUUGGCCCUGGUUUUUAAGGGCUUUUAAAAAUCUAAGCCUGGUAUUUUGAUUUUUGAUCUAAAAAUCUAAGCCUGGUAUUUUGAUUUUUGAUCUAAAAAUCUAAGCCUUGUAUUUUGAUUUUUGAUCUAAAAUUCACUUAAUUUGAAAGUUAUAACACUGAUAAGGAAGUUAGAUCUGCUUCUUUCCCUACGAUAUAUUGUUAGCCGAUAGAUUAUACUCUUAACACUUUUGAAUCCCCCUAUUAAAAGUGACAAUACUUGGAAGAUUGUACAGUCCUAGAAUUAGUUUAGUAUUGAGCUAUUCUGCAUUUAUUCAAAAUGUGGGGCACAGUGGGUUUUCCAACAGACCAGAAUUUUACAAGACAAAUUUGUUGAGCUGGGAAUUGAAGGAGCUAUAUAAUAAAAAUGUUUUUGGUUUUACUCAAACCCUUAAAAUUGCACUUUAAAGGAUUGUUGGGAAUCCAUUUUUUAAAGUCAAGUAUACAUCAUUGUGUGUUACUAUGCAGAGAAUGUCAUUGUGUAUAGGAGUUCAUGUAACCUGUGAUAUAUUCAGUCAUAUUUUUAUUAAAAUAAAUGUCAAUGGAGUUUCA